AUGGGCGAGGCUGACGAGACAGCCGCAGCACCGUCUUCCAAUUCGACUUCUCCGCUGAACACACCUCAUUUGCCCGCUGUCACACGGGUGCCCUCUUUCAUCACUUCAUCCAGAGCCUAUUCUGUCAUUGCCCCAACCAUCAAUUCACUCUCCGCUUCCGCUGGCAUAUCCAGAACGACUACACCUGUCCCGUCUGAUGCAGAGGAAGAUACUACAGAGGCCUACCAGGACGCUAAACAAGGAAGCAAGUCUGCAAACGCACUUCACAUAGAUCGCUCCACGGAACGAGUACCGUCGCGUCAGACCGUCGGCACGUCUCAGAGCAGCUGGACAAAGUCAGGCACACCCGGUGUCAGACCUGCAGUGAGCUCGCCAAGCUCGCGUGUGCCCAAGCGGACGACUUCGACGCGAGGUGUAGACGAGAUGCCGCCUCCAACGAUGAAGUCUCCGCGCAGCGGCAAAACGGCCGGCAAAGUCGUGCCUGUCAGCGCGACAAGGAGCAAGCUGAGCAAGAAGCAUCUCGAGCAAAGCAUCAGACUGGCUUCUGAAGCUCUCGAAGAAGACAAGAAAGGCGGUAGAGAGAGUGAUUAUGCAGUGGAUUGCUACUUCUCUGGCUUAGACUACUAUCUCAAUGCGCUGCCUAAGCUGAGCGCAUCUGGACCGGGCGAGGAUGACUUGACGCUGGCUCGCAAGACCGCUUUGCGACAUAAAGUCAUGAAGCUGCUAGAUAAAGUGGGUGCAGAAGACGUCGAUGAAGAUGCUGCACGCGUAUAUGCCGAGCAACAGGAAGGUGCUGCUUCGGGAUGGUGGGGACCGCGACUGCGACGUAUCUCCAGUACCUCUGUACUCAAUGGCGGUCGAGCCCGUCCUGCCAAUCUGCAGGCAAACGCUCAAACGGGCGCAAACGGCUCGACUGUCAUCAGAGGCGAUCCCGCUCUUGGCACGAGCACAGAGAUCGUCACGACUUGUCAUUGCGGCCGUCGCGUCUCUGUCAAGCUUCCUCACUGGAUGACAUUGCCUGACGAUGGUAUGCCGAAGACUUGGCAAGAGGCCAUCAUCGCUACCUUUGUAGCUGGCGCAGUCUUUAUCAAGAACAGUCCCUUGCCAUAUCUCAUCGCGACUUUCUUUGCAACGAUCAUACAACUUGCACUCUACCUCAAUCAGAGGUUCAUGCUCCAGCAGCGCUUUGUGCUCUUUAUGUCGUCCUGUUUGGAGGCAAUGGUCCAGCUCGACAGAGAUCUUCAUAUCCAUCGCGCUGUCGGCGAAGUGGCCCACGUUCUUUGGGAAGCCGGUGUCAAGAGCGCAGUUGCGUUCGCCCGCGCCGAGGGUUUCAGACCGCCAGAAGCGACCCAACCGUUCCCUUCGAUGAUAGAAGGUCGUCCGCGAUCAGACUCGAGCUCUAUCGCCGGUACGCCCCGCUCGGGUUAUCAGAGUCCUCAUCAGAUCGCGGGCGGUCGCGAGGACGAUCUCGCACGUGCGAUGGCGCAGCGUCGGCCGGGAGCACUCGCUCGACGCAGUGGCAAAGAUACCAAACCCACAUGGAAUUCGUCUUCUGCAGAUUCAUACAGCCGAUUCGUUCCAGGUGAAGCUGGGGGUACAGGCGACAGGCUGGCGAUGCCCUCGCCUAGCCUGCCCGCAGUACCUCGCAGCGCAGGCACAUUCAGUAGCAAUGCCGCCGUUCGCUCUGCGUUAGGCGAAAGCGGCGCGACAAGCCCAGCCUUCCAGCAUUCGCCUCUGGCUCCCAUUGGCACAGACACGCCGCCAUCCUACUUUGACGAGACACACGAGGGUACAGAGGAUGAAGACGUGUCGGCAAAGCAAGCCAGCUGGGCAAGAUCUGCUGCUGGCGCUGCGCUCCGUCUGGGACGGAUGAGAUGA